AUAACCUUUGGAAUGAGGGUCCAAAGUAGGAAUAGCGUGAGAAGGAGAGAGACAGUCAGCAGCCAAAGGACUCGGUGGAAAGAGCAGAGGACCAUAGACAAUAUGCUGCUUUUGGGACCCAAGGUGCUGUUGUUUCUCACCGCCCUCAUCACUCCCUCGGACUGGACACCUCUAGGGGUCAGUGGUCAAGGAGAAGGUGUGACUCAAGUGACUCAAGAAACAUUCACAGAAGAUCCUAAUCUGGUAAAUGAACCGGCUACAGAUGAAACAGUUCUGGUUGAUAUCGUGGCUUCCACAGAUGACCUGGCUUCACCCAAUGAUAAAAGUAAAAACACAGAUUGCCGGGAUGAGAAAUUUGCUUGCACAAGACUCUACUCUGUGCAUCGGCCAGUCAAACAAUGCAUUAAUCAGUUAUGCUUUACCAGUUUACGGCGCAUGUACAUCAUCAACAAUGAGAUCUGCUCUCGUCUUGUCUGUAAAGAACAUGAAGCUAUGAAAGAUGAGCUUUGCCGGCAGAUGGCUGGUCUGCCCCCAAGGCGACUCCGUCGCUCCAACUACUUCCGACUUCCUCCCUGUGAAAAUGUGAAUUUGCAGAGACCCAGUGGUCUGUGAUCAUCAAGGAAGUGGAAAAAAGAAGAAAUGUGUGGAUGGGAAAAGAAUGCUCUAGGAGGAGGGAACUCCUUGUCUAACCAUUGUCAGCUAACCCAGUGUUUAGCUUUUGCCCCUACUCCCUGAUUUUUCACCCAGACUGAAACACUUAUCUCAUUUCUGGCACUCACAGUACAAAAUCUAUAUUAUUGCAUGGUUUAAUGGCUUUCCAAUAUAAUAGACACAGUAGGUAAAUGAUGACCAGGUGGCUUAUAUACAAACAUUCUACAUACAGUUUCAAGGGAAAACAAACUUAGGGUUAAUAUUUACUAUUGAGUCUAUCUGAGCUAGAUUUCAGAGUAGAAGGAAUUGUUACUGUCUAUUUUGGCUAGCCAUAGAACUUCACUUACUUUCCUCUUAAGAGUUACCAAGAUUAACUCCCAAUUUGUCUAUAAAAUUAUAGUCCUUUUAAACUAUUUUUGCUGAUUGUCAUAACAUUUGCUUGGCAAGUCUUCUUUAUGAAAAACAUCAUGAUAACUGUUGUAGUCCUAAAAAAUUCUCCAGAGCCAAGAGUUAUACAAUCUUACUAAUAAUAUAUAAAGACCCAAAAUGUUUUCUUCGGCUAAUCACAGAGGCUGAUGCUAAAGAGAGAGGAGUAUGCCAGAUAUGGAACUUGGACUCAUGAUUUCUUAUUCAAUUUUUUAUGCAGGUGUCUAAUCAGCAAUUUGGGCUGGGAAGUAAGUCUCAUUUUCUUACUCAUUUACGGUAGUAUUGGGGUUAGUCUAUGUCCACAGGUUAAUUAGACAACUAAUGUCAAACCAUAUCACUGGUCUGAGUAUCUGAGUUAUUGCUACUUCUGUUCUCACCACUUAACAAAAUCCUUAAAGAUUAUUAUGCAAACAGAUUCUGGAAUAGCCUGAUUUGGGGCCUCAAAAAGGCAUUCAGACCUGAACUUUGAGAGACAAGCAUAAAGUUUACCUAAUGGUUUAUAAAAAAUAGUAAAAGAAAUAGGAUUCAGUAACCCACAUUCUUAUCCUGGGUCUAUCUGUGACCAGGUAGCUUCAAAUAAGUCAUGUUUCCUCAUUAGGUCCUGUUUUAAUUUCCCCAUCUUUAACAUGGAAAGGUUUCAUUUACAUCAGUUGUAAGUUUUCCUUUAUGAAUGUCAAGAUUUAAAGGCAUUGUUCAUAUUUCUUGAAACCUAGAGAUGCAGUCUAAUUCACAAUAAACAUGUCUAGUUUACAAGGGCGGAGAUAUCCUAUAUUAAAUAGACAGUGGUCCACAAUGUAAUAGAAAAAAAAUCCCACUAUAAGUGACAAACUAUGCGGAAUGGACCUUCCUGCUGAAUAAUUCAGUAACCUUCUUAAAAAGCCAAUGGAAUUCAAGUAGAAACUAGGGGACUUUGAAACAACCAGUUACAUAUGACAGAAUGCCAUUUGAUAAGGAGUGAAUUUCUUUUGUAUUACUGAGAAAACUACCUAACUGAGGAUUGGAUUCUCGCUGUUAAGAAGCAAUUUAGUUUAAUGAGAUUGGCACAACUGAUUUUUAAAAUUGUUAGAAAAAGCCCCAAAGCAUGUAAUCUCUGCUCCACAGCCUCUAGAAGUAAAAGUUCUCAUAUAUAAACAGAUAUAUUAAAUGCAUAUUGUAGCCAGUGUAGAGAAAUCUCAUAGGCACAGAGUUUCCAACAAUCACCUCAGAAUAUCUUCAUAACUUGGCCCUCCUAUUGCAUAUUGAACGAGAGGUAGCAUUCCCACCAGAAAGCACCUCAAUCCCAGUAUUAUGUAUAUUGCAAAUUAAACAUUUUAAAAUAA